AUGGCGUCGUUUCGGUAUUCACUGGCUAUGUUCAUUCUCAUGGCGGUUAUCGGAGCCGGUGACGCCGGAAACGUAACCUACGACGGGAGAUCGCUGAUCAUCGACGGCCAACAUAAGAUCCUUUUCUCCGGCUCAAUCCAUUAUCCUCGCAGCACACCUCAGAUGUGGCCGUCUUUGAUAGCAAAGGCAAAAUCUGGAGGAAUAGAUGUAAUAGACACAUAUGUCUUCUGGAACAUUCACGAGCCGCAACAAGGCCAGUUCGAUUUCAGUGGACGGCGUGAUAUCGUGAGGUUCAUCAAGGAAAUACAAGCGCAAGGCUUAUAUGUCUGUCUUCGGAUUGGACCAUUUAUCCAGGGUGAAUGGUCAUAUGGGGGUUUGCCUUUCUGGUUGCAUAAUGUCAAGGGGAUUGUCUUUAGAACAGAUAAUGAGCCAUUCAAGUAUCACAUGAAGAGAUAUGCACAAAUGAUUGUUCAGUUGAUGAAAUCGGAGAACUUGUAUGCUUCCCAAGGAGGACCUAUUAUACUCUCACAGUUAUGGGAAAAACAGAUUGAAAACGAAUAUGGAAUGGUAGCUAGAGCUUUUAGACUAGAAGGGAAAUCAUACGUCAAAUGGGCAGCAAAUAUGGCUGUGGAGCUUGAGACAGGAGUGCCAUGGGUCAUGUGCAAGCAAGAUGAUGCCCCUGAUCCUUUGAUUAAUGCUUGCAAUGGGAGGCAAUGUGGAGAAACGUUUAAAGGACCCAAUUCUCCAAACAAACCUGCCAUAUGGACUGAGAACUGGACGAGUUUUUAUCAAACAUAUGGUGAAGAACCAUUGAUAAGGUCGGCUGAGGAUAUAGCAUUUCAGGUUGCUCUAUUCAUCGCUAAGAAUGGAAGUUUUGUAAACUACUACAUGUAUCAUGGAGGAACAAACUUCGGAAGAAAUGCUUCGCAGUUCGUAACCUCGAGUUACUAUGAUCAGGCUCCACUUGAUGAAUAUGGAUUACUUAGGCAACCAAAAUGGGGACACCUUAAGGAAUUACAUGCUGCAAUAAAGUUGUGUGAAAGGCCUCUGCUUUCUGGACUGCGAACUGCAAUACCUAUUGGGAAGCUACAAACUGCUUUUGUGUUCGGGAAGAAUGCGGACCUAUGUGCUGCCUUACUCGUUAACCAAGACAAAAACGAUUCUACUGUGCAGUUUCUUGAUUCUUCAUACCUUUUAUCUCCAAAUUCUAUAAGUGUCCUGCCAGACUGCAAGAAUGUAGCCUUCAACACAGCCAAGGUCAAUGCGCAAUACAACACGAGAAGAAGGGAACCAAGACAAAAUUUGUCUUCUUCUCACAUGUGGGAGGUAUUUACUGAAACUGUCCCGAGUUACAGUGAAACGUCAAUAAGAUCAGAAUCCUUGCUUGAGCACCUGAACACGACACAGGAUACUUCGGACUAUCUCUGGCAAAUAUUUAGGUUUCAACAAUCUGAACCAGCUGCAUCAAUUCUCAAAGUCAACCACAUUGGGCAUGUUCUACAUGCAUUUGUUAAUGGGAGACUCAUAGGUUCUAUGCACGGUGCUUUCAAAGCGCAGAAAUUUUUGCUAGAGAAAAAUGUGUCACUGAUUAAUGGCACAAAUAGCAUCGCAUUACUCAGCGUAAUGGUAGGAUUGCCGAAUUCAGGAGCACAUCUAGAAAGGAGAGUUGGUGGAUCACGGAGCGUAAAGAUUUGGAAUGGGAAAUAUGCACUGUACUUCAACAAAUAUGCCUGGGGAUAUCAGGUUGGGCUACAUGGGGAGCAAGUACAUGUUUACACUGAUAAUGGGGCGGCCAAAGUAAAGUGGAAGCAGUACAGAGACUAUAAUAGUCAGCCUCUAACUUGGUACAAGGCCUCAUUUGACACACCAGAGGGGAAAGAUCCCGUGGCCUUGAACCUAGGAUCAAUGGGAAAAGGAGAAGCUUGGGUGAAUGGCCAGAGUAUUGGUCGGUACUGGGUCUCAUUUCAUACUUCUAAGGGGAGCCCUUCCCAGAUAUGGUACCAUAUACCGAGAUCUUUUCUUAAACCCAAGAGUAACUCACUAGUCAUUUUCGAAGAAGAAAGAGAAGGGAAUCCUCUUGGUAUAACUAUAGACACAGUGUCAGUCACCGAAGUCUGUGGUCAUGUCUCCAAUUCAUAUCCUCCUCCUGUGAUUUUUUGGAAAAGAAAAAGCCACAAACGAAAUGAACACCGACAUCGAAAACACCGGUAUGAUAUGAGGCCUAAGGUUCAGCUCCAGUGUUCUAAUGGCAGGAAAAUUUCAAAGGUUUUGUUUGCAAGCUUUGGUACUCCAAAUGGAAAUUGUUGGAGCUAUUCGGUUGGAAAAUGUCACUCACCCAAAUCUCUAGCUGUUAUACAGAAGGCUUGUCUGAGCAAGAGUAGGUGUUCUGUUCCAGUAUGGAGCAAAACAUUUGGUGGUGAUUCAUGUCCACACUCUGUUAAAUCCCUGCUUGUUCACGCUCAAUGCUCAUGAGAGUCCAAUUCUUUAGUACAAAUUUCUCUU